CUACAGGGGGAAAUCUCCCCAUUGUGGGAGGGGCAGAGACACAAACUCCUGCAGGAAAUAUCCCCAUUGUGGGAGGGGCAGAGACACAAACUACUGGGAAAUCUCCUCAUUGUGGGAGGGGCAGAGACACAAACUACUGCAGGAAAUCUCACUAUUGUGGGAGGGGCAGAGACACAACCAUUGCAGGAAAUCUCCCCAUUCUGGGAGGGGCAGAGACACAAACUACUGCAGGAAAUCUCCCCAUUGUGGGAGGGGCAGAGACACAACUACUGCAGGAAAUCUGACCAUUGUGGGAGGGGCAGAGACACAAACUACUGCAGGAAAUCUCACCAUUGUGGGAGGGGCAGAGACACAAACUACUGGGGGAAAUCUCACUAUUGUGGAAGGGGCAGA